CGCCCGCGCCGAGAUGGAGAUGGAGAUGGUGCGGCUGCUGCAGGCCAACACCACCCUGCUCAAGCUGGGCUUCCGCUUUGAGCUGGCCGGCCCCAGGAUCAGCGCCACCCGCCUCCUGACCAGGAACCAGGAGCGCCAGCGCCAACAGCGCCAACACCAGCACCGGCGCCAACAGAGCCAGCAGCCCGCCACGCCCUCACCUGGCACCACUGUCCGCACGUGUGAUGAGGAGACAGAUUCAUCAUCACAAACAUCAACUACGACCUCACCCGCUCCUCCUCCUCCUCCUCCUCCUCAGUCUGUGAGGAGCAGCAGCCUGCCAAGCCGACAGAUCGCUGAGGUGGUCCGGCAACAUGAAGGCUCCAGCUUGGCUACAAGGCACACAAGCACUCAGAAGUCUACAAGAGCCGUCCCAGAGGUGGUGAAUAACGGGGAAAAAGAAAGAGGGGAAAGUGCCCUGCUGGACGUCAAGUCUGCCCUGCGGCCCACAUCAGUGAGGAAGACCAAGGCGUCAGCUGGAGCCCGUUUACCUCAUCAACACACAGUGAUCUCAUGGAGGCCAUUCACACUAGCAGUGUUCGGUCACUCCGAAAUGUGCGUGAAAAUGAAUGUUAAUAGCCUAUUUUUGUAUCAUUUAAGUCUAAUCACUAGGCCUACAUGUAUCUGCGUGCAGAAGUGCAUCCAAUUCUCUUUUGAGUUAGGAGAAUUGACACAGGAUGUGAGUGUGACCCUGAAAUGAUUCUAUUCUCACACACCAAGUGACACAUGGGAGGAGCAUUUCUAGAUCUCAACAGUGGAACUGAGAGGGUGAUGGUUUCUGCAUGUUUGUCUCUGUGCUUUUCUGAAAUAUAUAAUAUUGAAUUAAA